GUUUUGGGCCGUUCCCUCCAGCGGAAGCACGCCGUCACCUUUGACCCCACCGCCGCGACAACGGCGCGACGGUUGCCUGGCGACGGCGACGCGGAGCCGACAUGGAGGCGGCGUCGCUGCCCGCCGCGCUGGAGCUGGCGGCCGGCGGCGGCGCGGGGCUGAGUCCGGAGAAGCGGGCAGUGCUGGGGGCCUCGCUGCUGCUCCUCCAGCGCGACUACCGCUUCGAGCGGGUCUGGUUCUGGGGCUGCAUCCAGGGCGUGCGCGGCUCCUACUACAUCGCCGAGGGGCUGGGCCCCGACCGCGCCGCGCCCCGCAGCCGCCUCUACAGCUUGAACUGCGUGGAGUGGAGCCUCCUGCCACCAGUGACUGAGGAGAUGGUUGCACAGGCUGAGCAGCUGAAGGGACGUUUCCAGGGGGAUCCUUCUUUUGAGUAUGAGCACAUUGAGAUAAAUGCAGAAGAUGCUGAAAGAUUGUUUGAAGAUGAAAUGACAACAAGGAAAGCCCUGCCUUUGAAAUUUGCCUAUGUUUCUUUAAAGCCCACGAUCAAGGAGGAGGCCCGCCUCGUAGCUACCAUAGAACAGAUAGACAGAGCAGUUGGUAUCAUCCCCCGGGGGGCAUUUGUGAAGACUCCUCUUGGGUCUGUGCAUGAAAACAGAAACUUUGAAGGUCUUUCUUUGACGGAGGCAAAAAAGUUAAGUUCCUAUUUCCAUUUUACUAAGCCUUUUAACCUGAAGAAUAAAACCUUGCUGGAAAAGGCUGACCUGGACCCAUCCACUGACUUUCUAGACUCUCUGGAGCAUGAUAUCCCACAAGGCUCCUGGACUGUCCAGCUAGAGAAGGGAGACACUGUGGUGGUGCUGCGGAGCCUGCUGUGGCUGGGACUGACAUUCUACCAUGUCCCAGUGACCAAGCAAUAUGGCUAUAUCUACUUUGGCACUGGCGAGAAGAACUUUGAUCUGCCCUUCAUGCUGUGACUACCCUGUCUGGGAUGAGGACUCGAGAAUGUUUAGAUUUUAUACUUAGGAGGUUUUUGUUUACUGCUUGUUCUAAUAAAUGUGUGAAGCCUCUGCA